AUGACAACCAAGCAAAGAGUCGUCCGGGUUUGCACUGAGCGGCCCACCUAUGCGGUCUGUGUGCUGGGAACAGAAAUCUCCCUGGACGUCAGCGGAUGCAUCCCAAAGGGUGCCACGCAUUUCGGUGUCCAGGGAACCGCUGGUCUCAGAAUCGCCCUUAUCUACGAUCCAAAGUUUGUCACAGAGUCCACUGGUGCAUUGAGAUGGCCCCUGAAAUCUGGCGUGGAGGUCAUAGUGUCCAUGAACAGGCCUAGCAGUGCUGUCAACGAUAACAAGGUUCGAGUUUCCUACUAUGGUCCAACAGGAGAGAUACUUGCCAAUGCUUUGCUGUACCUGACUUUCGUGGCUAUUUCUCUGAAUGCUGAUACCAACCGAAAUGGAGUGGUGCAGACCAAUUCAACCAACAAGAAAAAAUGGACCUGGGGCCCCAAUGGGAAAGGAGCCGUUUUGCUGGUGAAUUGUGACCGGGAUGGCCCGAGCUUUGGGAACAUGGACAGUGCUUACUCACACGUGCGAUCCCAGGAAGACCUGCAAGACAUGUCCCUCGUGAUCCUGACCACCGAAGGCCCGGCUGGCGUCUUUGAGAACCAUAAGCUGCUUCUUCAGGUCUCCGUGUCUGACGCAUCCAAACUGAGAGUUUUCCAUGAUGGAGGCAACGCUUCUCUCUCCAGUUACAAGCCUGUGUUGGGGCCCGAUAAGCUCUCCUACACAGUGGACGUCUCCGGUGGUGGAAAACAGCAGAGGUCCUUCUUUGUGGAGGGCCUGGCCUUCCCCGAUGCUGGCUUUGAAGGGCUGCUUUACUUGAACGCCACACUUCUGGAGGCCUCUGGUCAGAAUUCUCUAGACACCCCUGUUUUCUCAGACACGGUGGUUUUCCGAGUGGCCCCUUGGAUAAUGACACCCAAUACAAUGAAGCCCUUAGAGGUCUUUGUCUGCAGCUUUGAGAAACAAUCCUUGCCCAACAAGAGCUUUGUGGAGGCUGUUAGAACUCUGGCCAAGGAAGCCAAUUGCAAGCUGACAGUUUGCCCGAAGGAAGAAAACUGGGGUGACCAAUGGAUCCAGGAUGAGAUGGAGUUUGGUUACAUGGAAGCUCCCCAUAAGUUGUUCCCGGUGGUCUUUGACUCUCCCAGGAACAGAGACCUGGACGCAUAUGUUAAGAAGUUCCUGGGACCUGAUUUUGGGUAUGUGACCCGAGAGCCUAAGAAUCAGUCAGACGUCUCCGACCUGGACUCAUUUGGAAACCUGGACGUGAGCCCUCCGGUGACGGUAGAGGGGAAGGAAUAUCCUCUGGGGAGAAUCCUCAUUGGGAACAGUCUCCCAGGAGCUCUUGAAGGGGCUGGUAGCAGGAAAAUGUCCCAGGUUGUCAGGGACUUCCUCUACGCCCAGAAAGUCCAGUCCCCAGUGGAACUCUAUUCUGACUGGCUCAGUGUGGGGCAUGUGGAUGAAUUCUUGACCUUUGUUCCAGCUCCUGACAGGAAGGGUUUCAGGUUGCUUCUCGCCAGCCCCUUUGCCUGUUAUAAGCUGUUCAAAGAGAAGCAAAGUGAAGGUUAUGGAGAUGUCCUCCUUGAAAGCUCAAAUAAAGAAAGGAAAAAGACUAUUGAUGAGAUCCUCAAGAACAAAACCUAUUACAGAGACAACACAUAUGCGCAGAAAUGCAUUGACUGGAACCGCUGUAUCCUCAAGCGGAAGCUGGGCCUGAGCGAAGGAGACAUCAUCGACAUCCCGCAGCUCUUCACUCUAAACUGGUCCAGAGCAGAGGCCGCCUUCCCAAACAUGGUCAACAUGCUCGUGCUGGGGAAACACCUGGGCAUCCCAAAACCGUUUGGCCCCAUCAUUGAUGGGCAGUGCUGCCUGGAAGCAGAGGUCCGUUCCCUCCUGGAACCACUGGGCCUCACCUGCACCUUUAUUAAUGACUUUUUCUUCUACCAUGUGGACCAAGGAGAAGUUCACUGUGGCACCAACGUCCGCCGGGAACCGUUCUCCUUCCACUGGUGGAACAUAGUCCCCUGAAUCAGUGUGUUGAGGGGCUAGAGUUCUGGAGCCCUAACUUUUUUUCAGCACUUUGUAUAAAGGAGAGAGGAUGACUGGCGUAAAAGAUUUUGUGAAGAGAGUGGGAGAACUGGAGAAAGGAAAGGGGGAAAACAACCCAUAACUCCUCAAGCCUUGGAUUUUUUUUUUUUAUAUGAGGGACAAUCUGGGAUUAAACCCCCUUGAAAUUAGUAGGGCACCAAACUUUAUAAAACAAUUAAAUGAUUUUUUGGAAGACAUGAGGGCUUUGGAAGAUUGGGGGAUUUUGAUCUUUAAAUUUACAGUGAUAUGUGCACUUGCUGAAAAGUCCCGCUUACUGUGGAGUAAAUAGACUCAUGCGUGCUUUAUAAUUUUAUUUUUCUUAUGCCACCUCUCUUUUUGCAGCACCCAUUGUCACAAUAUAAUAGAAUAAAAAUGAAACUU